GGGUAAUACAAAAUUAAUUAUAUCCAUAUUUUAAAAAAAAAUCUGAUAUCAAUAUCUUACACACUCACACACACAUACAUUCAAUUCUCUCUCUCUCUCUCUUUAGAUCUGGACCACCAGACUGUCGGAAUCACUACCAAAACCACAUUUAUACCCAUCCACCCCACCUACCAACUAAAUAUCUUUUAUUUCUCUCUACAUCUAACCACCAUCAGACAACCAACCACCAUACUACAACUGGAACCACCAUACCGCCGUCGCCGAUCGUUGCCGGAAAACGAUCGGAACACUUCCGGAAGGAUCGGAACACUGCCAGAACGAUCGGAACACCGCCGGAAUGAUCGGGAAGCAGCCAAAACGACCAGAACACCGCCAGAACGACCGGAAAGUUGUCGAAACACCGCCAAAACGACCGGAACACCGCAUCUUCACUUAUCGUCAUAUGCCUCUGCCUCCCUCUGUUUGAGAGGAGAAUAGAAGAAAUGAGGGAGCGAAUCACGGACUCCGCCACCGGUGGCAGUUCGGUGCCUCCCAUCUCACCACAGAGUAUUACCAAUGUUGGCGAUGACAUUCCGUCUACCACCUCCGGCGGAUCUGGUUUCCUCGAAUCUGAAGAAGAACGCUACCAGAUCUGGUUGCACCGACCACCACUCGCUCGCUCGUCGGAAACCAUUUCCUUCUCGUCCGUUUUUACCAAAUCCAGUUUCAAUGGCCACCAAAUCUGGUUCCCGAUAUGGUUUCAUAGACCACGACCUAGAGGUUUUUCGUUCUACUUUCACCGACCGUCGUCGAACUGCGUCUCAGACCAAAGAGGCCGUGAUUUCUUCGUCUGUGCUCUCCAUAUUUCUACUGAUUCUAGUGGAACUGUAAUUGCAAUGUUCUCGGAAAGGAAAUGAUCCAUCUUCCUCAUGCUAGCUAAUUUUCAAGCUCAAGGAGGUGAGUUAUACUAACUCUCCUAUUAUGUAGGAAUUACUUGUUUUAUGUUAUUGUUCACGGAUACCUUAAUAACAUGUGAUUAUGUGUAUCUAAUCACAUAUGAUUUAUGUGGUUAAGAUUCAUUUUCGCGUUCUCGAUUCAAUAAUUAUUUUUUUUCACUUUAAUCAUAUGUGAUUAAAUACAUUUAAUCAGAUGUGAUUAUAUGUUUGUAAUCACAUAUGAUUUUAUUUGGAAAAAACAAAUCUUAUCUAUUAAAAUCAUAUGUGAUUAGAUACAUACAAUUACAUGUAAUUAUAUACACGAUAACAAAUAUUGAACAAAGAACACGA